UACUAGUGCAGAAAAUCCCGUUACUACUCGUACCUUCUAUAAACUUAAUGGAAAGGACAUUGUAGAACUUUUGUUGGCAGCGGAUGAAUUAAUAUUUGAAGAGCUUAUAUAUCCACUACAAGAUUAUCUUCUUAAAAAUAAGCUGACGUGGAUUCAAGAGAAUAUAUUAUACGUUCUAAAUACAGUUAUAGGUCUAAAUGCAUUCAACACACCGAAUUUAAAGAAUUUGAACAUUGUAAAUUGGGGCACAAAAGAAUUCAAUGCAUUAGAAAAAACUUUACAACGAUGUAUUCCGUUGAUAAGGUUUGGUCAAUUUUCAAUUGAAGAAUUUACCACCAAAGUCAAACCAUAUAUAAGGAUUUUACCAUCAAAUUUGAGAUCAAGGAUUGUCCAACAUUUAUUGGCUAAAAGACAAUCAGAAACUAUUGUUACAAUACCGGCAACACCGGAAAGAGCGAUAGAUUCAGUAAUUAUUACACAUCAACAGGCUGCACUUAUUGCAGGUUGGAUAGAUCGAAAACAGGUGACGGAUUCUACGUCUUUAUCUGAAAUGUUUCCAAUUCCGUAUUAUUUCAGAGAUGUCGAAUGGCGUGGUACUCGUGACAGCUUUAUAUUUUCUUUAGGAGAUGGAAAAGAAUUAAGUAAAGCGAAACUAAGUAGGAUUAAAGAAGAUUACGUAAAUGAUGCAAUUCAACUUCAUGAUCGAUUAGGACCAUCGUUUGGAUUUUACGAAUUGAAAAUCGUCGAUGAUGCUGCUCGGGCUGAAACAAGUUACGCAUCUGGUGGGUUGAAAUAUGAACAUACAAUUAGAGAUAAAUGGAAUUAUUUCAGAGUAGAUGAUUAUGAGGUUUUUCAAGUUUUAAAGAAAUAA